AUGUUCUGCCACGGGUGUAGCGGGUGGACAAAGGAAGGCGACAACUUCUGCACUCAUUGUGGGGACCGUUUUACGGAGAGGGGUCCGGUUUUGCUACGUUCGGAUCACAGCCCUGAACAGUCUCCGUUGGUCAUCGCCAAACAGACGGCAGAAGCGUGUAGAGAGUUAAAGCCAGCUCUGAGUGCGAGUGAGCAGGCUAAUGUUGAUUUGCAAGAAAAGUAUGAACAGGAAAGUCAGGCUAUUGUUGAUUUGAAGAAGAAGUAUCAUCAGGCUAGCCAGGAUAACCUGGCUUUGCGAGAGACGCACAAACGAGCUCAUCAGGAUAGUAAAGACCAGCAUGAGCAGGCUUUACAGGCUAAGGAGAAGGAGCAUAAAAAGGAUAUCCUUGCUAUGAAGACAAGGCAUAGGCUGGCCAUAUCAGCUAGUGAAAACAAGCAGAGACAAGCUAUGUUGGAUAGUGAAAACAAGCACAAUCAGGCAACACGUGCUUUAAAUAACGCUCAGAAGCGGCUUGAACAGGAUUUGAAGGCUUGGAAAGAGAAGUGUAAGCAGGCUAAGCAGGUUAAUGCUGAUUUGUGGGAAAAGCAUCAGCGAGCUUUGAAGAUUAUUGACGAACAACAUGAGCAGGUUCUGCUGGCUAGGGAAAAUGAACAGGCUGUGCUGACAGAGGAGCACAAACAGGCUAUCCUUACUAUGGAAGAAAGACAUAGGCUGGCGAUUGAGGCUCGUGAAGAACGGCAUGAGCGGGUUCUACUGGCUAGAGAAAGGGAGAAUAAACAGGCUCUGCUGGCUAUUGUAAGGGAGCAUAGAGAGGCCAUCCUUGCGAUGGAAGAUAUGCAUAGGUUGGCCAUGGAAGCUAAUGAAGAACAGCAUGAGCAGGUUCUACUGACUAGGGAAAAGGAACAGGCUCUUCUAACAGAGGAGCACAGACAGGCUAUCAUGACUAUGGAAGAUAGACAUAGGCUGGCCAUGGGGGUUAAUGAGGAGAGACAUAAACAAGCAUUACAGGCUAGUAAAGACCAGCAUGAGCAGGUUCUGCUAGCUAGGGAAAACGAACAGGCUGUGCUGACAGAGGAGCACAAACAGGCUAUUCUGGCAAUGGAAGAAAGAUAUAGACAUGCCAUGCAUGCUACUGAAGAACAACAUAAGCAGGUUCUACAGGCUAGAGAAAACGAGAAUAAAGAGGCUCUGUUGGCUAUUGUAGGGGAGCAUAAAAAGGCCAUCGUCACUAUGGAAGAAAGACAUAGACUGGCCAUGCAGGCAAGUGAAAAUAGACAUAAACAGGAAUUGCAGGCUAGUAAAGAAAAGCUUGAGCAGGCCAGGGGAAGUAAACUGAUAGAAGAGCACAAACAAGCUAUCCUGGCAAUGGAAGAUAGACAUAGGCUGGCUGUGCAGGCUAGUACCGACAUACACCGACAAGAUUUAUUGGCUAGUGAAGAGAGGCAUAGACAGGCCUUGUUGGCUAGUGAAGAUAGGCAGAGACAAGCUUUGUUAGUCAGUGAAGAGAGGCAGAGACAUAACAUUGAAAAGUUGAAGCAUGAUUUGCUGGCUAUUGAAGAUAAGCUUAGAGAGACUCUGCAGACAAUUGAUGACAGACAGACCACGCCGGCGGAAGGACCAACCGGUGUAGACAAGCGACAGGACAGUACAUCGUCUUCCCUAUCCCAACCCACCCCUGCCUCAGGCACAGCCGGUGCAGACCAGUGGCAGGGCAGAGCACCUUCUCCCCCACCCCAGCCCACUCCUGACGCCGUUACAGCCAACGAGGAAAAACCGUCGCAUUGGAAGAAGGAAGUACAUUGUGAGUCGCGUAUAGGUCACAAAGACAUCGCAGCUUUCCUUCGUAACCAAAGAGGGCGCCUUACAGACGGAGACCGCAGGCUGCUUCAGCACGCAAUGACACUCGUCAACAAAGAGUCCAAGUUUUGUAACCACGCCGAGAUCACGGUGUACGGAGAGCUGAUGACAGCAGUUUUCUACUCCGGAGAGAAAACCAACAAAUAUGUGAUACGACUGGUAGAGGGUAAACCAAUUGACGAAGUAGACGAAAGGGGGUGGGGUAAAACAGCGCGCGACACCGCACAGGGCACCUUUGAUUGGUGUAAAGACUCGGUUCGUGAGGCGGUUUCGCUGCCGUCGGAUCACAGCCCCACACAGGCUCCAUUGGACACCAGCAAACAGAUUGCAAAAGCGUGUAGAGAGUUGAAGCAAGCUCUAAGUGCGAGUGAACAGGCUAAGGUUGCUUUGCAAGAAAAGUAUGAGCAGGCCAAUCAGGCGAAUGUUAAUUUGCAAGAAAAGUAUGAGCAGGCCAAUCAGGCGAAUGUUGAUUUGCAAGAAAAUUUUCAGCAGUCUAAGCAGGCUAACGUUGAUUUGAAAAAGAAGUAUCAUCAGGCUAGGCAGGACAACCUUGCAUUGCGAGAGAAGCAAAAACAAGCUCUGCAGGAUACUGAAGAGCAGCAUGAGCGGGCUUUACAGGCUAAGGAGAAGGAGCAUAAAAACGAUAUCCUUGCUAUCAAGAAAAGACAUAGGCUGGCCAUGUCGGCUUGUGAAAAGAAGCAGAAGCAAGCUUUGUUGGAUAGUGAAAACAAGCACGAGCAGACUAAACGUACUUUAAAUGAGGCUCAGAAGCGGCUUGAACAGGAUUUGAAGGCUACGAAAGAAAGGUGUCAACAGGCUAAACAGGUUAAUGCUGAUCUGCGGGAGAAGCACCAGCAAGCUUUGAAAACUAUCGAAGAACAGCAUGAGCAGGUUCUACUGGCUAGAGAAAGGGAGAAUAAACAGACACUGCUGGCUAUUGUAGGGGAACAUAGAGAGACUAUCAUUGCCAUGGAAGAUAGGCACAGGCUGGCCAUGGAAGCUAGUGAGGAGAGACAUAAACAGGAGUUGCAGGCUAGUAAAGAACAGCUUGAGCAGGCUCUGCAGGCCAGGGAAAGUACACAGGGCAUGGAAGAUAGACAUAGGCUAGCUAUGCAGGCUAGUGCCGACAGACACAGGCAAGAUUUGUACGCUAGUGAAGAGAGGCAUAGACAGGCCUUGAUGGCUAGUGAGGAGAGGCAGAGACAAGCUCUGUUGACCAGUGAAGAGAGGCAGAGGCAGAACAUUGAAAGAUUGAAGCAAGAUCUGUUGGAUAUGGUAGAUAAACAUAAGCAUGAUUUGCUGGCUAUUGAUGAGAAGCUCAGACAGGCUCUGCAGGCUAGAGAAAGACAGACCACGGCGGCGGAAGUACCAACCGGUGCAGACCAGCAGCAGGGCAGCCCGCCUUCCCCACCCGCCCCUGACGCCGGUACAGACCAGAGACAGGACAGACCACCUUCUCCCCCUCCCCAGUCUACCCCUGCCGCCGGUGGAGUUCAAAUCGAGGUGCAGGACAUACAGUGCGAUCCGCGUAUUGGUCACGAAGACAUCGCAGCUUUCCUUCGAAACCAACGAGAGCGCCUUACAGACACAGACCGCAGGCUUCUCCAACAUGCCAUGACACUCGUCAACAAAGAGUCCAGCUUUUGUAACGACGCGCAGAUCACAGUGUACGGAGAGCUGAUGACAGCAGUUUUCUACUCCGGGGAGAAAACCAACAAGUAUGUGGUACGACUGGUAGAGGGUAAACCAAUCGACGAAGUGGAAGAUAGGGGGUGGGUGUGCAGCGUGCAUGAUUAA